AUGGUUGCUGUGUCAAAGUUGGUUAAUGGUGGCUUGUUAUUAGCUGGUCAAAGUGUUUUCCAAGAUGUGGCUACCCCACAACAAGCUUCUGUUCAAUCGUAUAAUAUUCUUAACUUCCUUGGUGGUUCUGCUCCAUAUAUCCAAAGACAAGGUUAUGGUAUUUCAACUGAUAUUCCACAAGGUUGUAAACUUGAACAAGUUCAAUUGCUUUCAAGACACGGAGAAAGAUAUCCGACUACCAACAAAGGUAAAGCCUUUGAGGCGAUUUAUAAAAAAUUGGAAUCCUACAAUGAAACUUUUAAAGGUGAUUUAGCUUUCUUGAAUGAUGGCUAUACUUAUUUCGUUAAAGAUAAAUUCUGGUAUGAUAAAGAAACCAGUCCAAAAAACUCAAAAGGUCCAUAUUCCGGUACUGAUAACGCUAUGAGACAUGGUGCUACCUUUAGAUCAAGAUAUGGCUCAUUAUAUGAUGUUAAUUCCACUUUACCUGUUUUUUCAUCUAAUUCUGGUAGAUGUUAUGAAACUUCAAGAUAUUUUGCUAGAGGAUUCUUAGGUGAUGAUUUUGAAGAAGGUGAAACUGUUAAAUUUAGUAUUCUUGAUGAAGAUGAAGAAUCUGGUCUUAAUACCUUAACUCCGAGAUAUAGUUGUCCAAACUAUAAUGAACUGGCUUUUGAUGAUAUCGCUGAAAGAUAUAACACAUCAUACUUGAAUGAUAUCGCCGAUAGAUUAGAAGAUCAAAAUCCUGGGUUGAACUUGAGUACUUCCGAAAUUGAAAACCUCUUUCAAUGGUGUGCCUAUGAAAUUAAUGUUCGUGGAUCAAGUCCAUUCUGUGAUAUCUUCACCAAUGAAGAAUUUGUCAGAUACAGUUAUUCCAAUGACUUAUCUAAUUAUUACAGCAAUGGUGCCGGUAAUAACUUUACAAGAAUAGCUGGUAGUCCAAUGUUGAAUGCUUCUUUGGCUCUUUUAAAGGAUACUGAAAACGAUAACCAAAUCUGGUUGUCAUUCACACAUGAUACUGAUUUAGAGAUUUUCCAUUCUUCCUUGGGAUUGUUAGAACCAGCUGAGGAUUUACCAACUGAUUAUAUCCCAUUCCCAAAUCCAUAUGUUCAUUCAUCUAUUGUUCCACAAGGUGCUAGAAUUUAUACUGAAAAAUACCAAUGUGAAGAUGAUGAAUCAUACGUGAGAUACAUUAUCAAUGAUGCUGUUGUUCCUAUUCCUAAAUGUGCCACUGGUCCUGGGUUUUCAUGUAAAUUAGACGACUUUGAAGAUUACGUCAAUGACAGAAUUGGUGAUAUUGAUUUUGUUGAGCAAUGUGGUGUCAAUAGUAGUUAUCCAUCUGAAUUGACCUUCUAUUGGGAUUACCAAAACACUACCUAUGAUGCUCCAUUGGGUAACUUUUAA